AUGCGUUGGCUGAAGGAGAAUGUUGUUCGUCUCGUAGCAUUCAUUGUCCAUGAACCGAUACUCUGUGUGCAGUAUGUGCUUCUGGCAGUCUUCGCAUUCGUUAUGUUAGUAUUUGUAAUGCAUUGGAAAAUACAAAAGUCGGUCAAGAAACAAGAGAAGAUAAGAAAACAGAAAGAGAAAAUUUUACGAAAACUGCAUGACAGUCGCCGAAAAGCACGAAAUGAGUCGGAGAAUGUUCUAAUGAUGAUGGAAAAGGAUAAGAAUGAGUAA